UCCUGCACGUCUGACAGUGAUAGAGUAGAAAGGCUCUCAAAGUGGAAGUGGCGUGCUUUUCAAAGACAAAAGAAAGUGAGGCCGACUCUACCACAGGGGUCUAAUUGGACACAAAGAGAAAAGAAGAAGAAGAAAGAAGUCAAAUUUAAAUUUAAAACUAGAAAAGCUUCCAUCAGGAAGACGAACAGAGAAAUUAUAAACAUGGAUCUGAAGGCUGAAAACUCCUCAAAUGGCUUCGCACCAGAGAUCAAUUUGGAAAAGUUACACAAGAUGGCUGCGGAUCUGGCACUGCCAGGAAAAUUCAUCCUCCGACUCCUGAACGCUGCUCUGGUGUUUGUAACAAACUUACUGGCCAGGGUUUUAGGGAGCCGCCUGGUCAGAGGACAUUUCCACUUGAUGCUGUCUGGUUUGGUUCUGUUUGGGCCAUUGCUGAGUUUCUGGGUGUCAAAGUACAGCAUCUUCGCCAAUGGCAACCACUACCUGUACAGGAAGUUCCUCAGGUCCACUUGGGGUUGGACCUGCACCUUCACAGGUUCCUUCAUCCUCCUCCUCUCCAUCUCAGCCCGUCACUCCCUCUCUCUCUCGCUUCGCCACCUCUCUCGGAUAGGGGUUGUGGGGUUGCUCUGGUGGGGCUGUCGGAGUCUCCUGACCCUGCUGGAGGAUGCGGCAGGAACCUGUUAUGAACCUAUGACUGCUCAGGAUAUCCAAAGCACUGCCGCCCCAGUGCAGCCUCUGCUGCUCCUGCAUGAAGACCAGACCAAAGCCUCCUGUCUCAAAGCCAACAUGGUGUGGAGAGGUUACGAAGUAUCCCAGGACGUCCUCAUCCUCUGCUUGUGUUGCCUGCUGCUUGUUGAGGAGAUAUCUGUCUUUGGCCCUCAUCUAGCUCAAGCAAAGCCUCUGCAGACAUCACACAGUGGCCCUUUAAGGUUUAUCUUCCUCCUGUGUGUACUUCUACUCGCCGUUUGGAUGUUCCUGCUGCUGUGUCUGCUCGCACACUUCCCAAAGUUCCCCUCCCAGCAGCUGGGAGGCGCUCUGGGCUACCUGGGGUGGAGGGGACUCUAUCAGGGCUGGUACAGACUCAAACCAAGCUGGAGCUGUCCUGGUCUGCCAGGAGAGGAACUUUUUACCACCACAGACAUUGAUAAACAGCCGUAAAGUAGUGUGAAAUCCUCAGUAGAUAUGUGUGAAGGAUGUGAAUGUGACCUUGAAAGCUCAGGCGCAAGUUUUUGGAAAGUCACAGCUUCUCAUUAGGGUUGUGAAGAGAACU